GUGAUCUGGAGUUCAGACGUGUGCUUCCAGUCGUUGAACUGCACAGACACUCAGUCGACUCUGUGCAAAUAAAUCUCCAACAACAAACUUUUUCUCCGAGCUACUCUUAUUUUUCCAACUGGACAAAUCUGUGCUUUGGCAUCUGUUCUUUUUUCUCUGGUGGAUUUAUCCGUUUUUCCACAGAACGGUGCCAUGUUGGUGCUCUGCCUCCUGGUGUUUGCUGCCUCGGUGUGGGCCCAGAACCAGAACCAGAACCAGUUGCUCCCUGGGUCCUGCAGCUUUGAGUCCAACACCUGUGGAUACAUGUCAGAUCCAGACUUUACAACAUGGACUCUGCACAAAGACGGUCGUUUCGUUGCAGUGGACUUGCCUGUGGAUGAUCCGGGCCAGGAUGAUCAGACUUCUGCAGACCCUGGACCGAAGGCGGACCCUCGAGGGGUUCUGUUGAGUCCGGUUCUGGAGCAGGGCGAGUGGAGCUGCCUGAGGCUGGUCUACCAGAUCAGCGGGUCUGGGACUCUGGAGGUCCUGCAGCGAACCCAGGGGAAGAGUUUGGACCAGCCUCUGUGGAGCAGCCAGAGCCCAUCUGACAGCUGGGUCAUCUCCAGUGUGGACCUGCAGAACACCAGCACACCAUACCAGGUGGUCAUUGAGGGUAAACCUGGACCCACCCCUGGGAGCAGCGUGGCGGUCUUUGAGAUCCACAUCAGUCCUGGCUCCUGCCUGGAGUGUGAUUUCGAGGAGACUCACCUGUGUGGAUACAACAACCAGUGGAACGCUAAUGUGAACUGGUACGUAGGAGGAGGAGGAGGACAGCUGCACCACAACGACUUCCCCCAAGACCACACCUUCAACAACAGGACAGGUCACUUCAUGUACGUGGACUCCGUUUACGCCGUCACCUUUAAGGAAGUGGCCAAGCUGGUGUCUCCCAUGACGACGGUGCCCAUGUGGGGCUGUCUGAGCUUCCAAUACCAGCGCAGCGAGGACAGAGGGAACCUGUUCUCCGUUUUCACCCGGGACCGACUGGGCCAGUACCAGGAGCUGUGGAGGGCGGAGCCAGAGAGCCCCGGCCAGUGGGCGGGGACUCCAGGAGAGUGGGAACCAGUGCAGGUGGACCUGAAGGCACCGUAUUCUGUACAGGUGGUCUUUGAAGUGGCCUUUAACAGUCCACGUGGAGGACGUGUUGCUGUUGAUGACAUUUCCUUUUCUUCAGAGUUUUGCAGCGCAGACUCAGAGCCGACCUUUGACCCCUCCAUCUCCAACUGUGACUUUGAGUCUGGUUGGUGUCAGUACUCCCAGGACCAGGAGACCGGCUCCACCUGGAGAAGAGUGUCCGUCAAACCCAAUUUUAGGAAUGGAGACCACACCAGCGGAGCAGGGUCUUUCCUGUUGGCCCACUCCCGCUUCGGCCCACGCUCCGGAUACGUUUCCCGCCUGACGGGUCCGACUCUGCCUGGCAACACCAAGUUCUGUCUGAGGUUCUACUUCUCCCUGAGGGGUUUCAACCAGACGGACCAGGCCUUAGCGGUUUAUCUGCAGCAACAACAGAGCGGCAGCCAGGAGAAGAUCUGGACCCAAGGGGAAAGAUCCAGAGGAAUCUGGAUCGCAACUGACAUCACCUUCCAGACGUCAAAACCUGCCAAGGUGGUUUUCAUCAGCACCUGCAGGAGCGUCUGGGACUGUGGAUCUGUGGCACUGGACGACAUCAGCAUGAGCCUGGGAGACUGUGAGCUAACGGCAGGGUUGUCGUCGGUGUCGUCUCUCCCGGGACACUGUGACUUCGAGGCUGGUCUUUGUGGAUACACUCAGGACAAACACAGCGAUGACUCCGACUGGGAGUGGAGGAGAGGCCCCACCCCCACGUCGUACACCGGGCCCCGGGGAGACCACACCACCGGACUGGGGUAUUACCUGUACGUGGAGGCGUCUCCCAUGCUGCCUGGUCACAGCGCUCGUCUGCGGUCCCGUCCUCUCAGGGGGUCCAGGGGGCCUCAGUGUCUGCGGUUCUUCUACCACAUGUACGGCUCUGGGACGGGAUGGCUGCGCAUUCACCUGGACCAGAACGGAGAGGACAUGUUGCUAUGGCAACGGAGUGGCGAGCAAAGCAUUGCCUGGCUGAGGGCCACAGUGGAGUACCAGUGUGACAGCCUGCAUCAGAUUGUGUUUGAGGCCGUUAGAGGUCAUUCAGUCAGGAGUGACAUCGCCAUCGAUGACAUUAUCUUGGAAAGUGGACCAUGCCCAGAAAAUGAGAUCAGGGCCACGGCAGGAACCUCCAACGAGAUCGAGUAGAGGAAGGAAGCUUGUUUAGAUGCAUGCACCCCAUUUUUGCACAAAACCGACACCUCAGAGAGCUGUCGACUCCCGACUCCGACACGUCUGUACAAAUGUGGGAAUAAAAAAGUACGACGUGCUCGUGUUUUCAUGGAGUAACACAUAUCAUCAGUUGUGUCAUAGGCAACAAUUCUCUGCGCACUGUGUUAAACUGUGUUUCUCUCACAUUUAUAUGCAUUAGAUUAAUGCUCAUUGCUAAAAAAUAAAGCGAGACGAUUAUUAAUUAUGAUUUUGGUGGGGUUUUUUUUUCCAUUUUGAGAUGAUGCUGCUGAUUCAAUUUCAAUGCUGCCUGGCGCAACUUAACAAAAACUAUCCAAUUUAUUCUUAAAUGUUUCAUUAUUAAAAGGUUUUCCUGAUAUGUUUACUUUCUAAUACUAGCAAUC